UCAUGUGGUCUUAUUCUGAGUUGGUCAUGUGAGGAGCUCAUCGUGGCUGCUGUGUUGUUCUGAGAUUCUCCGGGUUCUGGCUGUUCAUCUCUCAGUCUCUCUCUCCGCCUGCUUUGCAAUGAUGUGGUGGUGUUUGCUGCUGCUUUUUUGUGUGAGCAGUGCUCUGGGCUACUUCUCCCCAGAUGAAGUCCUGUCCUUGCCGGGUCUCAGCACCACACUCUACUUCAGGCAGUGGUCCGGUUACCUACAGGCUUCUUCAGGCAAACAUCUUCACUACUGGUUUGUGACAUCUCAGCAAAACCCACUCAAAGACCCUGUGGUCCUGUGGUUGAAUGGUGGACCUGGGUGCAGUUCCUUAGAUGGAUUCCUCUCUGAAAAUGGACCUUUGCAUGUGAAUGAUGACGGCAGUACACUCUACAUCAACAAGUACAGCUGGAACAAAGUGGCCAAUGUUCUGUACCUGGAGUCUCCGGUUGGGGUUGGCUUCUCCUAUUCGGAUGAUAAAAACUACGCCACCAAUGAUGAUGAGGUCGCAGAGAACAACUACCUGGCCCUGCAGGAUUUCUUCAGAAAAUUUCCCAACUUCACAAGAAACGAUUUCUAUGUGAUCGGUGAAAGUUAUGGCGGGAUCUACACACCGACCCUGAGCAUGACAAUCGCAAAUGGCCCAGCGAAGAUUAACUUCAAGGGAUAUGCCGUCGGGAAUGGACUGAGCAGCACGUAUUUCAAUGACCAGUCACUCGUCUAUUUUGGAUAUUACCAUGGGCUCUUCGGCGACACAUUGUGGAGCCAACUGAAUAGAUACUGCUGCAAAGACGGAUCCUGCAACUUCUUCAACAACAGCGACAAUAACUGCAAAGACUCACUGAAAGAAGUCUUCACAAUCAUCUACGAUAGUGGACUCAACGUAUACUCGCUGUACAUGGACUGUGCUGGGGGAAUACAGGGAAACUUGCGCUUCCUCAGAGACCUCAAGAACCUCUUUCAUUUUUACCAGUUUGAAGUAGUGGAGAACACAGAAGAUUCCAGUAACCUAGAUCCUCCAUGUAUCAAUGGUACAGCUCAGAGGACAUGGCUAAAUCGUGCAGAUGUGAGAAAGGCCCUACACAUCCCAGAAAAUGUCCAGUCCUGGGAACUCUGCAGUGAAGUGGUUGGUGAAAACUACCAACGUAUCUACAGCACCAUGCAAGACUUCUACCUGCAGCUGCUCAGCAAGGGUCUCCGUGUGCUGGUCUACAAUGGUGACACUGACAUGGCCUGUAACUUCCUGGGUGAUAAAUGGUUUGUGCAGUCACUGAAUCAGCAGAAAACCUUGGACUACCAACCAUGGAUUUACAAUAAACAGAUCGCAGGGUUCUACGAGCAGUAUGGGAACCUUACCUUCCUGACUGUCAAGGGAGCUGGACACAUGGUACCACAGUGGGCACCAGCACAAGCCUUGAAGAUGUUUGAAUCCUUCCUCUCCAACUCUCCAUACUGAUGGGGCCACCGUCUUGCCCUCAGCUCGUUGCCUUGCUAGCUUGUUGCCUUAUCAUCCAAUUGUUAAAUUUUUCUCUCUCUCUCACACAAAAUGGGAUUUUUAUUGAAGCACAGGGACCAAAGCAAAUUGCACCAAUCUGAGCCAAAUGAAACCAAACCAACAAUAUCUCAGAAGAGAGACUAGAUCAGAACAAAUACCAACGCUAGCUGGAGAAGAGCUGCUAUCAAUAAUUUGAGAUUUGUCUUCCAUGAAAUUGAAGGAGGAGGAAGGAGCCUGCAUUUUAAUUGGUUGCAAUUGUGCCUAUAUUCCAGAAGAAACAAGGCCUGAGCAGUGGGGGUCUGUCCUGGGUUUGCAUUUCCUCUGCACAUGGAAUUGAACCAACAGUAUCAAAUCACAGCUUCAAUCAGAGAGAACAGGAGGGACUGACUACCCCAUGGCUUUUUAAAUAUAGGGGUUAGUGGGCUCAACCUGCCAUAUUCACUGACAGGGAAUGCAUUCAAUAUGGGCACUCCGAGGUGUCCUAAUGCUGUUAAAGUGACCCUGGUCAGUGUUCCUGGAAAUUCUCUCUCUCUCCCUCUCUCUCGGGGAGACUCACCAUCUCUGGUUGACUAGGAUAUGGGCAGCUCGCCCAAAGCCAGAAACAAAAUAUUGGACCCAGUGUAAUGACCAGUAGGAAAAAAUAAAUCUUCCCCCAGAGGAAGAUUUAGAACCUCCCACAUCAUACUUAGGUUACUCUGGGUAAUGGUUUUACCACCAGAGGCAAUCGUAUCUAUGAAAUGGGGUAUUAACAUGUCCUUGGAAUCAGGCUGCUCCUCAGAGCCCAGUGGAAACCCUUGGACAGGGAGGCCCCUUUAGCAGUGUCUGGAACAGGGCCCUGCACACAUGGAGUGUCCUCCCCCCACCCAGCCUAGUUCAGCUAAGUUUGGUGCUUUUGCUAUAUUGAGAUAAAAAUCCCAUUUCGGAAUGUGGCUUUUUUUAAUGUUGAGAUUGCUAAUCAUUGGAAUGUCCAAAACAUUCAGUUCCCUGAGGGAGCUUUUUAAUCAAUUUUUUAAGAUAAUUGUGAUUUUUACUAAAGGUCAGAGACCACUGAAUAAAUUCAAUAACUUUAUCUCCUCCAGAAAGGGACUGAAUCUUUCAGUUUCCUUUAGAUGGGUUUCUGCCAGGAUCCUUACACUUGAGUCAUGACGUGUGGCAAGUUUUGAGAGCGAAAGGUAACUUUGGACCUAUAGUUCCCAAAGCGCUCCAUAGCUGGUCUUUUCACUUGGCCUCUGGGUCUAUUAUAGACUCAUUGAUAGAGACUGAUUGCUGAUUAUUAUAUCAUGGGACCAGCAGGAUGGUAGGUGAACUGGAUGCAUCAUAGUCAUUUUCAGUCCAGCAACCUCUGCUUAAUUUGUCAAUCUUACUUUAACAAGCGGGUCAUAGUUUCAGGAGGAGGUAAAGUUGAAAGAUUACCUGUGUUGGGUUUGAUGUUAGUUAUUUUUAGAGGGUUGCUGAAGCCCUCAGCUGCCUUUUGCUGCUUUUAUUACACGUUCUUCCAUGCUGCUGAAUAAAACAGCUGUGUUCAGCUUUCUGUGAAGGGCUGAGGGCUCCCUCGGAGCCUCCCACUGAGGGGGCGAGGGCCCCUUCACCAGGACCUCCCUCUGAGGGGGCGAGAGCCCCUUCACCAGGACCUCCCUCUGAGGGGGCGAGGGCCCCUUCACCAGGACCUCCCUCUGAGGGGGCGAGGGCCCCUUCACCAGGACUUCCCUCUGAGGGGGCGAGGGCCCCUUCACCAGGACCUCCCUCUGAGGGAGGGAGGGCCCCUUCACCAGGACCUCCCUCUGAGGAGGCAAGGGCCCCUGGGAGCUCACAAGGAGGGAAUGAGAUGCCUGAGCUGGGUAUUGAGCUUCAUAUCCACUUUCAAGCACUCCCACGUCUGUGGGCAGCCAUUGAGAUAAGACUGGGGAGACAGUGGAGGCAGUUCCCUGGGUCAGCUCUAGGGCUCCUCACCACCCUCUUGAUGGUCAAAAGCUGGGAGAAGUUUCACUAAGCUGCCCUUUCACUUGAAGCUGGAGGAAAGCCACAUACUGAAUUAAAGAAAGAAAACCACUUUUUUAUGAGGAUAAUUUGUUUUUAAAAAUUGUUUUAUUUCCCCUCUGCACUGUGUCUAACGCUGAUUCCUCAUUUGUAAAAUGUCUUCCUGUUAAUUGCAUUGAGCUUUAGGUUCUCUGCUCAAACUUAGUCAUUGCAACAACUCAGGAAAGAGAACUCCAAGGCCUGUUUGCCUACACUGGGAGUUAGCUUAUCCCCCUGAGUCAACCCUGCAGUGCUAACCGUCAGAGGGUUGAGGGGGAGAUGUCAGGCUUGGCUGCAGCACUGAAGUGAGCUGUACUGUGAAACACAUCCACACAUCCAACAUCAGAGCGACAGGAACACUGAGCUCUGCAUCACAUCCUCUGUCUGCAUCCACACAUACACACCCAGCUUCAGUGACCUUUGAUGCUGCUGCUGAUGUUUUGUAUUGUAUUUAAUUCUUUAAACUGAUAGUUACAUAGGAUUGGUACAUGCUGCAGAGCCCCAACACAUGUGUUGGGGUGUGAGGCAGAACAGGAAAUUCUGAAGCACAAUGACACUUCAAAUAAAUGAUCUAAACUCUG